AUGCAGUGGAGAAGGCGACAUUGCUGGACACACAUUGCUGUGCUCCUCUUGCUGCUUGGUUUCAUAGGAGUACUUUACUUCCUGCAUCACCACAAGCUUUUCUUGGGCCAGGUUGGCAGAGGAUACAAUCCAGUGACUUAUUCAUCUCCUGAAAUAGAGGCUAACCAGAGUGCUUUGCAGCCCACCUUGCAGGAGACUGGGAGCCCACAACAAAUACUGAGGCCCGAGCAGGGACUGACUACAACAAGGAGGCAAAUGGUGGAUUCCUAUGCCUACAUUAUCAAUGAAUUGGACAAGUGCCAACUGAGAGACCCUUUUCUGGUGCUGCUGAUUACUGUGGAACCCCAACAAGUGGAAGCAAGAAAUGCCAUCAGGCAGACAUGGGGGAAUGAGAGUGUAGCCCAGGGUUUGGGAAUAGUACGUCUCUUCACCCUGGGCGUGAGAGAGGGCAAUCAUGAACAAGUCCACAGUCUUCAGCACCAAAUUCAGCAAGAGUCUCAUAGACAUCACGACAUCAUCCAACAGGAAUUCAUGGACACCUACCACAACCUUACCUUAAAGACUUUGAUGGGGAUGCACUGGGUGGCCACACACUGCCCCAAUGCAAGAUAUGUCAUGAAAACAGACGGCGACAUGUUUGUGAACACAGAGUAUCUCAUACAAAAGCUCCUCAAGCUCAGUGUGCCACCAAGACAAAACUACUUCACAGGUUACCUUAUGAAGGGCUUUGCCCCAAACCGAAACAAGGAUAGCAAAUGGUACAUGUCACCUGAGUUGUACCCUGGGGAACAAUACCCUGUCUUUUGCUCUGGGACAGGCUAUGUGUUCUCAGGUGACAUGGCACAAAAGAUACAUAAUGCAUCUCUGAGCAUACGGAGACUUCACCUGGAAGAUGUCUAUGUGGGUAUAUGUCUGGAAAAACUGAGAAUAGAGCCUGCACCACCACCAAAUGAAUUCCUUUUCCAUCACUGGCGGGUGCCCUACUCUAGUUGCAAGUACAGCCAAUUGAUUACUUCCCACAAGUUUCACCCCAAUGAGCUAGUCAAAUACUGGGAGCAUCUGCAAACCAACAAACAAAAUGCUUGCAUCAACAGCAAUGCCAAUGGACAAGGGUUGUAA